CCUUCAGGAGAUGGCCUCUUCUAAGUCUUUGAUAAACCUCCUAACCUUCACUUUUGGGUCAGCAAUAGGAUUUUUCGUUUGCUAUCUUCUGUUCAGCAUUAUACUAGAAGAACAAGUUAAGAUCCAACCUCAUGUUCUUCACAAUGAUCCACAUGGUCAGCACUCAGCAGAUACUGAUAACAAUCAGCUGCAAGGACAAAUGAAUUUCAAUGCAGACGCUGGACAGCAUAAAGAUGAGGAUAAAAAUAUUGCAGAGGGACUGUAUCAGAAGGUGAAAAUACUGUGUUGGGUCAUGACUGGACCUCAAAAUCUAGAAAAGAAAGCCAAGCAUGUUAAGGCCACUUGGGCCCAACGCUGUAAUAAAGUACUUUUUAUGAGCUCUGAGGAAAAUAAAGACUUCCCUACUGUGGGCCUAGAAACCAAAGAAGGCAGAGACCAGCUGUAUUGGAAGACUAUUAAAGCUUUUCAGUAUGUACAUGACCAUUAUUUUGAUGAUGCUGAUUGGUUUAUGAAAGCAGAUGAUGAUACUUACGUUAUAUUGGACAAUUUGAGAUGGCUUCUUUCAAAAUACAGUCCUGAACAACCAAUAUACUUCGGAAGAAGGUUUAAGCCUUAUGUGAAGCAGGGCUACAUGAGUGGAGGAGCAGGCUACGUUCUGAGCAAAGAAGCUCUGAAGAGAUUUGUUGCUGCGUUUAAAACAAACAAAUGCUCUCACAGUUCCUCUAUUGAAGAUCUAGCACUAGGAAAAUGCAUGGAGGUCAUUAAUGUGGAAGCAGGAGAUUCUCGGGAUACAAGUGGUAGAGAAACCUUUCAUCCCUUUGUUCCAGAACAUCACUUAAUUAGAGGAUACCUACCAAAAACAUUCUGGUACUGGAAUUACAAUUACUAUCCUGCUGUAGAGGGUCCUGGAUGCUGCUCUGACCUAGCAGUUUCAUUCCACUAUGUUGAUUCUGUGACUAUGUAUCAUUUGGAGUAUUUGAUUUAUCAUCUUCGUCCAUAUGGGUAUUUGUAUCGAUACAAUCCCGAUUUGUCAAAGAAUCCAGAAGUGCAGGGCAAAAAUGAAGCACUGGAAGAUAAUCAAAAGCUAAAGCAAAAGAUUUCUGAGAGUUAA